AGCCCAGACACAGCGGCGGCCCCCGCCUCCCCCACAUCUAUCGUAGGCGCGGCGGGGGGAAUCGUUAGCGUCCCCGCCCCCGUAUGUAAAUAAGGGAGGCCGUGGCGGGCUUUUGGGCGGGACGACGUUGUUUUGUCCUUGGCUACCGCGGCACCGGCGCAGCAGGAGUUGGGCUCGCGCAGGAGGUAGUUCGCGGCCGCCACGACCCGCGCUGAAGGGCCGGCGCAGCACGUGUUUCUGCUAUGGAGUUUGAGGAGCUGGGGAUCCGGGAGGAGUGCGGCGUGUUCGGCUGCAUCGCCUCCGGCUCGUGGCCCACGGAGCUCGAUGUGCCCCAUGUGAUCAUGCUAGGGCUGGUGGGGCUACAGCACAGAGGCCAAGAAAGUGGUGGAAUUGUGACAAGUGAUGGAGACUCAGCCCAAACAUUCAAAGUGCACAAGGGAAUGGGUCUUAUUAAUCAUGUGUUCAGUGAAGACAGUCUGAAGAAGCUGUAUGUUUCAAAUCUCGGAAUUGGCCACACUAGGUAUUCCACGUCAGGAAUCUCUGAAUUAGAGAACUGCCAACCUUUCGUUGUAGAAACUCUUCAUGGGAAGAUUGCUGUGGCGCACAAUGGUGAAUUAAUAAAUGCUAAACAACUCAGAAGAAAGCUGAUGAGACAUGGUGUGGGACUAUCGACCAGUUCUGACAGUGAGUUGAUCACCCAGCUGCUGGCAUUCACACCUCCACUAGAGAAUGAUGAUACCCCAGACUGGGUGGCAAGAAUCAAAAAUUUAAUGAAUGAAACCCCUACUUCAUAUUCACUACUAAUGAUGCAUAAAGACAUAAUCUAUGCAGUACGUGAUCCCUAUGGGAAUCGUCCACUUUGCAUUGGUCGUCUCAUUUCAGUAGGCAGUAUGAGUGGAAAAGGGAAGAAAAACAGUGAAACAGAAGGAUGGGUGGUCUCCUCUGAAUCCUGUAGCUUUUUAUCUAUUGGUGCACAGUAUUAUCGUGAAGUCCUCCCCGGGGAGAUUGUGAAGAUAUCCAGAUAUGAUGUCCAAACUCUGGAUGUUGUGCCAAGACCUGAAGGAGAUCCAUCAGCAUUUUGUAUCUUUGAAUAUGUUUAUUUUGCAAGGCCCGACAGCAUUUUUGAAGGUCAAAUGGUGUAUUCAGUCAGGAGAAGAUGCGGUCAGCAACUUGCUGUUGAAGCACCGGUGGAAGCAGACUUGGUUAGCACGGUACCAGAAUCUGCAACACCAGCAGCACUAGGUUACGCACAAAAGUGUGGGCUGCCAUAUGUUGAAGUGCUUUGUAAAAAUCGAUAUGUAGGAAGAACUUUUAUUCAACCAAACAUGCGGUUAAGACAGCUAGGAGUGGCAAAAAAAUUUGGAGUCCUAUCUGACAACUUUAAAGGCAAAAGAAUUGUGCUAAUCGAUGAUUCCAUUGUGCGGGGCAAUACCAUCUCUCCCAUAAUAAAGCUGCUCAGGGAAUCUGGUGCUAAGGAGGUGCACAUCCGUGUGGCUUCACCUCCCAUAAAAUUUCCUUGUUACAUGGGAAUAAAUAUUCCAACAAAAGAAGAACUCAUUGCCAACAAACCUGAAUUUCAUGACCUUGCAAAAUACAUAGGAGCGGACAGUGUGGUUUAUCUUUCUGUGGAAGGGUUGGUAUCGUCUGUACAAGAAAGUAUCAAAGCAAGGCAAGAAAAUCAAAACAGCCUUAAACCAAUAAGUCUCGUGUUAGAAAGAUUGGCCACUGUACAGCAUGUCUUACUGGGGAAUACCCAGUAGAGCUCGACUGGUGACUUUAAUGCCCAGGUACAUUGCUGAAUGUAGUUUUUUUUUUUGAAUUGAGAAGUAUGUUGUACUUAACAGUGCAUAGCAUCUUCUCAUAUUUAGCAAGCCACUUAAAGCUAGUGAUGUCUAAUUGCUGUUCCAAAAAUGUCUCUGCAGACUUUCUAUAAAGUUUAUGAUGAUGAAAACCAUAUAAUGUAAGUACCUGGAUAAAUAAAAUAAAAAUCAUGGACAAUCGUGCCUUUUUAUUAUUUGGGUUUUUUUCUCAUGGAUGUAAUGCGAAAACCACCCAGUCUUUUGGAUUACUUAGCUGUCCUGGCUAAACUGUUUGUUGUUUUUUUUUAACCUUGUCAAGGAAGUUAUUUGUUUUUUUUUAAGGCUUAUUCACAAGAUUGGUAAAUUAUUUAAAAACCAAUUUAGGAUACAGUUCAUGAAUCAUACAGAAUAAUUUCUAAUGAUCAAACAGUCUUAGUGCAAAAGAAAAUGUGAAGUUUGCUUUUUUUUGAAGAAAAUGCCAAAUUCUGAAGAGUUAAAUGGCUUUCCAAUGAUUUGUUAUCUAGUACUUUGUGGAAUAUUAUGUUGUAAAGAACAGGAGAUGUGCUUAGUGUCUGGGGUUUUUUGUUUGUUUUUUGCUUUUGUUGUUAAUAGGCCUUUAUAUUCAAGCUAUGUAUCUACAUCUAAUGUGUCCAUCUUCAGUGAACACUAUCUUUAUAGCAUGUAACUUUAAAAACAGAAGACUCAGGGAAAUACUAUACCUCUCAUUUGAUAUCUCAUGGUAUCAAGGAUAUUGAAGCCCAACAUAAUGCUUUUAGUAGAUGUCAUUGGGAUAUAACAGGGAAAACUAGUUGUGAUAUUUACAAACCUAGAAAGUAUGAUUAGACCUGCAUUGCAAAGUUGCUAACUUUCUCUGUCAUUUCAUUAUUUUAUUUCAAUAUAAAUCCUUAAAUUCUGUGGUCUAAGCUAAUGUGUUUUUAUACAUGGGCCUUCCAGGUAGAAUCUAAAGUAAAAUAACAUUUUGCUUCGCUUGUAAGCGGCAUGAUAUGUUAUGUCAAUAGAGUACUGUAAAAACUGCAAAAGAAUGGAGGAAUGAGUUUUCAUGAGAAAUAAACUAAGUUGCAUUUCCAA